GAGAAGCUCUGGAGACUGCUUUGGAGAGUGUCUGGAUUCUUGGAUCUCUCUGCAAACCCAGAGCAGCUACAGUCCCCAGGGCAGGCUCAGGAUGCGGCCAGGACGGACAGGGGCCGCGCCGCUGCGGCUGGUGUUAGUGCUCAGUCAAGGCAUUUUAAAUUGUUGUAUGGCAUACAAUGUUGGUCUCCCGGAAGCAAAGAUAUUUUCCGGUCCUUCACGUGAACAGUUUGGCUAUGCAGUGCAGCAGUUUAUAAAUCCAAAAGGCAACUGGUUACUGGUUGGUUCACCUUGGAGUGGCUUUCCUGAGAACCGAAUGGGAGAUGUGUAUAAAUGUCCUGUUGAUCUAUCUACUGCUACAUGUGAAAAGCUGAAUUUGCAAACCUCCACGAGCAUUCCCAAUGUCACCGAGAUGAAAACCAACAUGAGCCUUGGCUUGACGCUCACAAGGAACGUGGGAACUGGAGGAUUUCUCACAUGUGGUCCCCUGUGGGCACAGCAGUGCGGGAGCCAAUAUUACACAACUGGUGUUUGUUCUGACGUCAGUCCCGAUUUUCAGCUCUCGGCCAGCUUUUCACCUGCAGUUCAGACCUGCCCUUCCCUCAUAGACGUUGUGGUUGUAUGUGAUGAAUCCAACAGUAUUUAUCCCUGGGAUGCAGUAAAGAAUUUUUUGGAGAAAUUUGUACAAGGCCUGGAUAUAGGCCCCACAAAAACACAGGUGGGGUUAAUUCAAUAUGCCAAUAAUCCAAGAGUUGUGUUUAACCUGAACACUUAUAAAACUAAAGCUGAAAUGACUGAAGCAACAUCCCAGACAUUCCAAUAUGGUGGGGACCUCACAAAUACAUUCAAAGCAAUUCAAUAUGCAAGAGAUUCCGCUUAUUCAGCAGCUGCUGGUGGACGACCAGGUGCUACCAAAGUCAUGGUGGUUGUAACUGAUGGUGAAUCACACGAUGGUUCCAUGUUGAAAGCCGUGAUUGAUCAAUGCAACGACGACAAUAUACUGAGGUUUGGCAUAGCAGUUCUUGGGUACUUAAACAGAAACGCCCUUGACACUAAAAAUUUAAUAAAAGAAAUUAAAGCAAUUGCCAGUAUUCCAACAGAAAGGUACUUUUUCAAUGUGUCUGAUGAAGCAGCUCUACUAGAAAAGGCUGGGACGUUAGGAGAACAAAUUUUCAGCAUUGAAGGCACUGUUCAAGGAGGAGACAACUUCCAGAUGGAAAUGUCACAAGUGGGAUUCAGCGCAGAUUACUCUCCUCAAAAUGAUAUUCUGAUGCUGGGGGCAGUAGGAGCUUAUGACUGGAGUGGGACUGUUGUCCAGCAGUCAUCUCACGGACACUUGAUCUUUCCUAAACAAGCCUUUGACCAACUUCUGCAAGACAGAAAUCACAGCUCAUAUUUAGGUUACUCUGUGGCUGCGAUUUCUACUGGAAAAAGCAUCCACUUUGUUGCUGGUGCUCCUCGGGCAAAUUAUACUGGCCAGAUAGUGCUGUACAGUGUUAAUGAGAAUGGCAACAUCACAAUUAUUCAGACUCACAGAGGUGACCAGAUUGGCUCCUAUUUUGGUAGUGUGCUGUGUUCAGUUGAUGUGGAUAAAGACACCAUUACAGAUGUGCUCUUGGUAGGUGCACCGACGUACAUGAAUGACCUAAAGAAAGAGGAAGGAAGAGUCUACCUGUUUACUAUCACAAAGGGCCUUUUGAAUUGGCACCAAUUUCUUGAAGGCCCCGAUGGUGUUGAAAAUGCUCGGUUUGGUUCAGCGAUUGCAGCUCUUUCAGACGUCAACAUGGAUGGCUUUAAUGACGUGAUAGUUGGUUCACCUUUGGAAAAUCAGAACUCUGGAGCUGUGUACAUCUACAAUGGUCACGAGGGCACCAUUCGCUUGAAGUAUUCCCAGAAAAUCUUGGGAUCCGAUGGAGCCUUCAGGAGCCGUCUCCAGUACUUUGGGAGAUCCUUGGAUGGCUAUGGAGAUUUAAAUGGGGAUUCCAUCACCGAUGUGUCCAUUGGUGCCUUUGGACAAGUGGUUCAGCUCUGGUCACAGAGUAUUGCUGAUGUAUCUGUAGAUGCUUCAUUCACACCAGAAAAAAUCACUUUGCUCAACAAGAAUGCUGAGAUAAGCCUCAAACUCUGCUUCAGUGCAAAGUUUAGACCUACUAAGCAAAACAGUCAAGUGGCCAUUAUAUAUAACAUCACAAUUGAUGCAGACCUAUAUUCAUCCAGAGUAACCUCCAGGGGUUUAUUUAAAGAAAAUAAUGAAAGGUACCUGCAGAAGAAUAUGAUAGUAAGUCAAGCACAGAGCUGCUCUGAGUACAUCAUCCACAUACAGGAGCCCUCGGAUGUUGUCAGCUCUUUGGAUCUGUGUGUGAACAUCAGUCUGGAAAACCCUGGCACUAGCCCUGCCCUUGAAGCCUACUCUGAGACUGCCAAGGUCUUCACUAUCCCUUUCUAUAAAGACUGUGGUGAUGAUGGAGUUUGCAUCUCUGACCUAGUUCUAGAUGUCCAACAGCUGCCAGUUGCUCAAGAACAACCCUUUAUUGUCAGCAACCAAAACAAAAGAUUAACAUUUUCAGUAACACUGAAAAACAAAAAGGAAAGCGCAUACAACACGGGAAUUGUUGUUGAUUUUUCAGAAAACUUGUUUUUUGCUUCCUGGUCCAUGCCGGUUGAUGGGACGGAAGUAACAUGCCAGGUUGCUUCAUCUCAGAAGUCGGUUACCUGUGAUGUGGGCUACCCUGCUUUAAAGAGAAAACAACAGGUGACUUUUACUAUUAACUUCGACUUCAAUCUUCAAAACCUUCAGAAUCAGGCAUCUGUCAGUUUCCAAGCCUUAAGUGAAAGUCACGAAGAAAACAAGGCAGAUAAUUCAGUCAACUUCAAAAUUCCUCUGCUGUAUGAUGCUGAUAUUCACAUAACAAGAUCUACCAACAUAAAUUUUUAUGAAGUCUCUUCGGAUGGGAAUGUUCCUUCUGUUGUGCACAAUUUUGAAGAUAUUGGUCCAAAAUUCAUCUUCUCCAUUAAGGUAACAACAGGAAGUGUUCCAGUGAGCAUGGCAUCUGUAAUCAUCCACAUCCCUCAAUACACCAAAGAAAAGAACCCACUGAUGUACCUGACUGGGGUGCACACCGACCAGGCUGGUGACAUCAGCUGUAAUGCUGAAGUAAAUCCACUGGAAAUAGGACAGACGUCUUCUUCUGUAUCUUUCAAGAGUGAAAAUUUCGGGCACAUAAAAGAAUUGAACUGCAGAACUGCUUCCUGCCGUAAUGUCACCUGCUGGCUGAAAGACCUUCAGGUGAAGGGAGAGUACUUCCUUAAUGUGUCCACCAGAAUUUGGAACGGGACUUUUGCAGCAUCGACUUUCCAGACAGUACGGCUGGCAGCAUCUGCAGAAAUCGACACCUAUAACCCUCAGAUAUAUGUGAUCGAGGAAAACACAGUCAUGAUUCCCAUCACGAUAAUGAAGCCCCACGAGAAAGCGGAAGUACCAACCGGAGUUAUAGUGGGAAGUGUAAUUGCUGGAAUCCUUUUGCUAUUAGCUCUGGUUGCAAUUUUAUGGAAGCUCGGCUUCUUCAAAAGAAAAUAUGAAAAAAUGACCAAAAACCCAGAUGAGAUUGAUGAGACCACAGAACUCAACAGCUGAGCCUGCAGUACUCACUGUGUUG